GCGUCGUGAUGAAGUGCACUAAUGGGAUCCCAGAAGAGUGCAGUCAUUGCAAGCAAGAGACGGUUGGAGACUAUUUCCAGAGAGGAAACAAGAUCCUCUGCAGCAAAUGUCACCAAGAUCAAAGGACAAACAGAACUUCUAGCAAAAACUGAAGAGUGAGAGUGAACUAAAGAAACAGAGCAGAAAAGAGGCAUAUUUCAGGCUCUAUUUCUCUGAUUAAAACAUCUAGUUACAACUUAGGCAUAACUUUUUAUUUAAAUAUUUGAUACAAUUUAAUAUUCGAUAUGUC